AUGGCUGUCCGCCCGGACAAAGGCUCCUUCUGCAAGACAAUUAUGAAGUUCGUGUUCUCACACCUGGGUUUGUGUGUCAUGGUGGUCCUCUACUGUGUGGCUGGCGGCUUCAUCUUUGAGCACCUGGAGAAAAACAACGAGGAACAGAUCUGUUAUGAGUCACGUGACGAGUACAACCCGAUGGCGGAGAAGACCAUCAACUCAACGUUGCAAAUCUUGAAGGAUUAUGGCGGCGGUAUUACAAGUGAAUCCAACAGGGAGCUAAUGACGAUUCAGCUGAGGAGUAUUCUGGAAACGUUUCGGAACAACACUCUGGCUAUAGGCUAUGACGGACGAUCCUGUAACCUCUACGGGCAGCCUAACGGGCCAGAGUAUAAGUGGUCGUGGCCAGGGGCUCUCAUGUUUUCAGUAACAGUGAUCAGUACAAUCGGAUACGGCCACAUUGCUCCCAAGACGGUCUGGGGUCGUCUAGUGUGUAUAGCCUACGCGGUCCUGGGCAUUCCUCUGAUGCUCUUGUGUCUGUCAAACAUUGGCGACGGACUGGCUGAUAUCUUCCGCUUCAUCUACGCCAAGAUCUGCUGCUGCGGAGGUUGUCGGCGCAAGAAAAAGGGCAAGGAUAAGUUGGCAGGUACGAAGAUAUCUAACACUAACAGUAUGGGACCAUGGGAGUCAGACAAGAGUCAGAUUAUUCCAGGCGGUCAGAGGGCCCCAGCUUCCACAGAGUUCUCCAAUCUGACAACGCGAUCUCCUACAGAGAGCCUGGAGUCCAACGACAGCAAGAGAAGACUGGACGCCGGGCGGCGGGCGUCUAAGGGCAGCUUCGGCAGGUCGAAGGUGAGGAUCGCACCCCUGAAUAUGAAGAAAACCGACCUGGUUAUUCUGGAUGACGACAGUGACAGCGACGACGAAGAUGAUCUGGAGAGAGGCAAGAUAACAGUCCCACUGACCAUCACCAUGAUUGUCAUCGGCAGCUACAUCUUUGGCGGCGCGGUGUUGUUCGGCUUGUGGGAAGGCUGGGACUGGCUUCAAUCUGCCUACUUCUGCUUCAUCACUCUCAGCACCAUUGGCUUCGGGGACGUGGUGCCUGGAACGGAUUUCGACAAUCCUCAAGCGCAAGCGCAACUGAUGAUCGGAUCUAUCUAUGUUUUGUUUGGCAUGGCGAUUCUCUCUAUGUGCUUCUCUCUGAUGCAGGAUGAGAUUCUGGCCAAGGCUAGGUGGAUUGGUCAGAAGAUGGGUAUCCUUGAUAAAGAGGCCGAGGAGUAG